AUGCGUAUCCACCACCGCUCGGCAAAGUCUCCAGAAUUUAAAAGCCCAUUCGCACCGCUUCAACUUGCAGUAGAAGAUGAGGCACAGCUUGAGGGCGUAGCACGGAUCUUUGUUCAAAAUACUGUGGUGCAGUAUGAAAAGUUCAUUGAACAGGACUGUCGAAAGAUCGACAGUAAUCACUGGAAGUGCAUUAAACAGGAGCGUGAGCUUCGAGUAUUUCUUCAACGUCGACGAAAGGACGUCGAGCGCCGCAUGCGUCGACAACUGCGACUCCAAAAGCUUCGAGUCCGGAACUCGGAAGCAACGCAGUUUUCCGGCACGGAGCUGUGUAAUCCUAGCUUUGGCAGUCGUGACAGCAGUUGCGGCAGUAUCUCGAGCCUCUUAAAUCGUCGAACAGGCAGCUUUUCGAGCAACUAUAGCAAGACCAAUUGUUCCGAUGGCAGGUCAAUGGCACCCGGUAACAUGUCGAGCAUUGGAGUAGACCCGUCGACACUACUGAGUGUAGAGUUACCGAUAUUGCAGCUUGUGGGUUCUGUUCCAGGUUCACUAGACGACGCCAUGUAUGGUGCUCUUGGGGCAACAGUUGAUGUCAUGCGUGUGAAGAGUGCAUACGAACGCGACAACAUUACGGAUGGUGCGGUGCUGGCUACAAUCAUAACUCCUACUACGGCCGAUCCAUUCCGAUCAUUAACGAUCAAGUGGGUUGAGCACGAAGGGCCAACGAUCGACCACCAUCGGUAUCACCCGCUACACUACCCAUUGACACUUCCAGGUGCAAGUACACGGGGGGAUCUAAUCUUUUUAGAGGCUACAGGAACAACAACGCUGGCGACAGGAGAGCGCAUUGGAUAUCAGCUACGCCACUCUGUGCACUUCCCUCAGACUCAUAGCCGAAAAAACGUGCGGCGAGGGAAUAUGUCUACUUGCACGCUUUUCCGUGACGGUGACGCCAUUACGACUGAUACACGUGACAGUCCGUCUUGUGGAUUCGUGGAAAUAUUUGCUCGCGCUUGUUUAAGCGGUGGAAAUGCUGCUGUUCGAUCCACGACUGCCGCAAUGGCAGCAAUCGGCACGGUUGUUCUGUGUGGACGAAUGAAGAAACUUGCGUGGAUGCUGGCCCAGCGUCAUCCUCCAGUUCAGCCAUUGGUGGGGUUUGUUGCACAGCAAACGAGUUUGUUUGCACUCGCCCGAUCGCAACCACAACGCAAAAGCCGACGUGGAUCGCUUACCGUGACAAUUUCCACCGCUGCUGCUGCGGCCAUGUCAGUGACCGACAGCAAGUUGUGCGUUACGUGUAAAAAAAAAGCGUGGUCCUUGGUUUAG